AUGAAGCCUGAGGAAGGAUACUAUGACCUGGGGACGACUGACGCUCGGUCCUCUAAGGCUCCGGUGAAGGAGGAUGACGCCGAGCACGAGAAAAGGCGCGCCUCCGCGGAGAAGCAUAAGUCCGUAAAGGAUGCGGAAAAGAAGGAAAAGAAGAAGAGCCUCGAGCGGCAAGCGCUCGAGGAAUGUCGAGCCAAGUCGAGGCACGAGGGGGAGCCUGAGGAGGAGUCCCCCGAUGAAGACGAUAGCGACGACGACGAUGAUGAUUCCGAUGGGAUGGCGGCUCGCCUCGAUCGGGCCGUGCAAGGCCAGCCACAAAUAGAUGUCCCCUUGUCGCGUACGGGGGCCUCCAAGGGGCCACAACGCAAGCCCUACGAUAGGUGCCAAAAAGAGGCGUCGUCGUGCCGCCCACGCGGCGACACGCCCCCUGCCCCCACCCAAGGUCGAGUCGUCCCUCCGCUUCAACCCCUUCUGGCGUUCGGCCCGGGCCGCAGGGUGAAGUCCUCGAUGAUGGCGCCACUGACUUGA